UGCAGGGGUGUUUGCCAGCAGCCUGCACUCUCAGAAGUCAGAUCCAGUGACUGAAGCCCUGAGAUCAGAGGCUUACCAUGCUGCUCCCUAGGAGGGCCAGGAACUGCUGAUAUUACCACGGGUUGGCAACUCGUGUCCCUCAUCCAAAAGAAUGGACAAGCUUAAUAAGAUAACUGUCCCAGCCAGUCAGAAGCUGAGGCAACUUCAAAAGAUGGUCCAUGAUAUUAAGAACAAUGAAGGAGGAAUAAUGAACAAAAUAAAAAAGUUGAAAGUCAAAGCACCUCCAAGUGUUCCUCGAAGGGACUAUGCUUUAGAGAGUCCUGCUGACGAGGAGCAGUGGUCAGAUGACUUUUGUCUACAUUUGCAGGACAGCGACUAUGAAAAUCCAGAUGAUCACUCAGACUCAGAGAUGUACGUGAUGCCUGCAGAGGAGAAUGGGGAUGAUAGCUAUGAGCCGCCUCCAGCCGAGCAGGAAACGAGGACCAUCCAUCCUGCCCUGCCCUUCACCAGGGGCGAGUAUGUAGAUAAUCGGUCUAGCCAGAGGCAGUCUCCACCCUUCAGCAAGACACUUCCCAGUAAGCCCAGCUGGCCUUCAGCAAAAGCAAGACUGGCCUCCACGCUGCCGAUCCCAGCCUCUCUGCAGAAGCCUCAGAUCCCACCCAAACCUAAAGACCUCCUUGAGGAUGAGGCUGAUUAUGUUGUCCCUGUGGAAGAUAAUGAUGAAAACUAUAUUCAUCCAACAGAAAGCACUUCACCUCCAUCUGAAAAAGCUCCUAUGGUGAACAGAUCAACCAAGCCAAAUAGCUCCUCCAAGCUGACCUCUCUUCCCGGAACAGCUUCAGGUCGGAACAGCGGGGUCUGGGAAUCCAAGUCACCUUCUUCACCAGCGGCACCAUCCCCACUGCCGAGGGUUGGGAAAAAACCAGCUACACCACUGAAGACGACUCCAGUUGCCUCUCAACAGAAUGCAUCAAGUGGUUGUGAAGAAAAGCCUGUACCUGCUGAACGCCAUCGAGGGUCUAGUCACAGACAAGAAGCUGUGCAGUCACCAGUGUUUCCUCCUGCUCAGAAACCUGUCCAUCAAAAACCCAUACCUCUGCCAAGAUUUUCAGAAGGGGGAAGCCCAACGGUGGAUGGACCAUCUCUCAGCCUUUCAUCUAAUUCCACUUUUUCAGAACAGGAAGCUGACAUUCACGGUAAGCCAUGGUAUGCUGGUGCCUGCGAUCGCAAGUCGGCUGAAGAAGCGCUAUACAGAUCUAACAAGGAUGGAUCAUUUCUUAUUCGAAAAAGUUCUGGCCAUGAUUCCAAACAGCCAUAUACACUAGUUGUAUUCUUUAAUAAGCGAGUAUAUAAUAUUCCUGUGCGAUUUAUUGAAGCAACGAAACAAUAUGCUUUGGGCAGAAAGAAAAAUGGUGAAGAGUACUUUGGAAGUGUUGCUGAAAUCAUCAAGAAUCAUCAGCACAGUCCCUUGGUUCUUAUUGACAGUCAGAACAACACGAAAGAUUCCACGAGACUGAAAUAUGCAGUUAAAGUUUCAUGAAGGAAGGAGAAGAAGGUCAAUAUCUUUGCUUCAGACAUUUCCCUCAAGUUUCUCCUUUUGAGAAAAAGCACCAAAACUUCAUAUUUUGGAUUUUGAAUCAUGAGUAAUAAAAUAGAAGAUAAAGGCAGCUGUUGAGGUCGUCAUCUACUCCUUUAUAAGAUGCUCACACAAUACUUGUGACCACCUGUUGCCUGACCUGAGAAAAUAACACCUGGAGAGGAUGAGUUACCAUGCUACUGAUAUUCUCCAACUAAAUGUAUUUAAAAGAGAUAGGAAUAAAGUAUUUUCAGUCUUACAAGAAACAAA